UAAAGAGCAAUGCCCACUCCUUCGAUUGUACGAAUUUUAAUCUAGAAUAUUGAAUUUAAGUCGAUUCCCUGAAGAUGAAUCCAUAUUUAGAACCUUCUGUAUUAUUUGCAAUUGUAAUGGCCGUGUUAGUGAUAAAUGCAUGCUCCCCAUUCCUUACAGUUGUAUCUACUGUGCUGUUUUCUAUACUAAACGUAAUCAUAUUUUUACUAUUCGACUACAUUUCGUCAACGUAUGGUGAGUUAGCUCCUCUGAAGUUAUUUCUGGAGAUCUCGUUAAGUAAUUCUUUGUUAUGGAUCAUGGAAUUAAUUCUAUUUAUGGAAAAUCGAUACUUUCUGCUAUACAAAAGGAAUUUCGGUGGCUGUAAUUUCGUCCACCUCAUGCUGCUUUUUAUACAAGUUAACGUCUUCGCAUUCGUUCUAUACUGGUCAUCGAAUAUUAUUGAAGAUUUAACACUUCCAAAAGCAUAAAUUGAAUGUAAAUGGAACCUUUUUCUUUUGGCAGAAGUACUAAAGAAUGUCGACAACCUAACGAUUUGAGUAAUUUUUAAUAGUAAAACUAAAUGAAAUUUUUUAGUGUGUUUUAAUGGAUUUUUAAGCUUUCCAAUCUUACAAAUUUAUAAAGAUGUUUUUACCUGUAAAGAUGC